AUGGAGAUCACAGUGUCCCCUGGAUGUGCAUUUCCGGAGAAGACGCGGCUUGCUAGGGAAAUGGAUGCACGAAGAAGGUGGAUGGAAGAGAGAGCCCUUGUCCAGUCUGGGGUCACCUCGGGGAAUCCUGAGUUAGCAGAGAGCAUCAUGGAUAUCCGAAACCUAUCUGCUUCAACUAGUCUUUCGUCUUCUCUUGCUCUCAGCAAGCUUCACCAGUCUUCAAUGUCCGCAAGCAACACUGCUUUGGAGGACCACCUCACCUGUGCUAUCUGUUAUGGACUCUUCAGCCAUCCUGUUGUUCUUACAUGUGGCCAUGUUUUCUGCGAGGGCUGUGUUCAAGCAAUCUAUGAGGGACAGCCAGAAAAGUACAGACUACACUGUCCUCUGUGUCGAAAACGAUGUGACAAGCUGAACAGAGUCUACGUUCUUGACUCUGUUACGGAGAGUGUACGGCUUGCUCGCUCAGGCCUUCGUGAACAUGAGGGUACAAUUAAUCCGCACUCUGAAGAGGGCGUAGAGCUCCCCAAACAGCUUGAAGUUGAUAUCCUUUUAAAGCGUAUCUCAAUAGCCACAGACGCCAUGGAAAAGUGCUCAAGGCAAGUUCAUGGAUUCAAUAAGUUGACCCAAAGCUACUAUUCGUCGAUUCGGAAGAUAGACGACAAAAUCAGUCAGCUGAAAGAGCAAAAGGAGCUCAUGACCGUGGAAUACAAGAAGACUUCAGCGAAUCUGGAGCGCAUCAUUGAGAAGGAGAAAGUCUUGCGAGGAUUGAUCGAAAGCUUAGAGUCAGAGCUGCGUGUAAAACAAAUUAUGAUCGCUAAGCUAUCUCCGUCUAAUGAGAAUGAGCAGCAAGUGCUGCCAGAAGACAGAUUAAAGAUUUAG